AUGGCUACCGCGUCCUCCAUCUUCGUUCUUCUCCUCAUCUGCUUGGUCUCGGUCCUUGAUCUCCUCCCCGUGGUGUCGGCUUCAGCCAACGUGAAUACUUCAGCCAACGUGGAUAUGUGUGACUGGACCGUUGCUGCGCCUCUGCUCUAUCAUGAAUACCACACCGAUGAUUGUCCAGCACGCUACCAUCUUUUGUCAAAUGGACAGUGUGAGAUGGAGUGGCAGGGUCUGUUAUUUGACCUCUUAGCCUGUGCGGGCUUCUGCCAAAUGCGGACAACCUUCUACUACGGUCAAGAGCAACCAUAUGUGCGUGUACCAAUGUGUCGUGGUGAAAUGACAUGUACCAUCGCCGAAUCCAUCCACCAAAAUUACGCCUGGAAGGCCAAGGUCAACGGCAACUUCAAGUACAGUGCAUUGACCGUGGGAAUCACCGGCGGAUACAGUGAGAAGUCCGGCAUCAGCCAAUCUUACAAGUUCAGCAAGCAUCUUGAGAAAGACGAGUGCGGUUACUUCACCUUCAUUCCUAUCGUACGCUCAGUAUGUGGCACCUACACUGAAGGACUCCUGCAAGGUGCUAUUUGCGAGUCUCAGUUCACCAUUGGCAACGCUUGCAUCGAUGAGCUUGUCGGUUUCGACACCAACGACAACAUUAAAGAUUGGCGCACAGUCCAUGGUAUUGUGGCGUUUGUGUAUCUGGAUUGCUUGACUCUGGCGCCGGCUCCGGACGACAAGCAAGAUGUUGCGUGGCUACAACCGGGGGUGCGCUUGCCACGAGGCAACAAUCUCCUCGCUCAGGCAUAUGAGAAUUUGUGGAAUCGAUCCUCUCAAAUUUCCAUGGCCUCGCAGAACGGCGAUCCCGCCUGCAGUGGUGACAAAGCUGCUAACGCUACAGAAUGUGUCGUGGCUGCAAACGAACUUCUCCUGGCAGGAUAUAUGGUGGUGGACGCAGAUGGAAAACAUGGCACAGGUUACGCCCUCACGAUCUACAACGGCUGCAGCGUCUACCUCACUUACGACGAAGACUGGAAAGGCCAGGAUUGUGAUGUCUCGAAUCUCGAAGUUGCCGCAGCGGCCCAGGCGAUCAUGGAUACCUGCGCGAAGAACGAUAUGGUUGGAGGUCAGCAUGUGGUACGGGCAGCAGGUCACUGUGCUUGCACCGUGUCAUUCCGGAAACACUGAUCCCUUCAUUGCACGGCUUCAUGAGGUAGAUGAGAUGAGACCUUGAAACAGAGGUUCGGUCAGUGAUACACUGCAUUUCCGGCCAGCGUUUGACAGGGGAGAUCUUCACUUCCUGUCGAAAUUGUGAUUUUC